AUGGAUAUCCCUAACCCCUACCAAAAUGGUGAAGGUUUUGUUAACCUCUUAACAAGCCAGCUAGUUAAUGAGGUUAAUGCACCAACUAUCGACCUUCGAUCAGCCGACCUCCCACAUUUCAGUUCACAAGUUUUUGGGGAACCAACUCAAGGAGGCAGGAAUCAGGCGGAGCGAAGGAAAUGGACGCCAAAGGAAGACCUGGUUUUGAUCAGUGCCUGGUUGAAUACAAGUAAGGACCCGGUGGUUGGUACAGAUCAGAAAAAUACAGCCUUCUGGAAACGGAUUGUCGAUUUGUUCAACUCCUGUCCGGAUCUAGUUGGUCAGCCCAGAAGAGAGGUUAGCACCUGCAAGCAGAGAUGGGGACGUAUCAAUGACCAUGUCUGCAAGUUUGUUGGGAGUUAUCAAGCCGCCACGAAGGAGAAGAGCAGUGGCCAAAACGAUAACGAUGUCAUGAAAGCUGCUCAUGACAUCUUCUAUAACGACUAUGAGAUGAAGUUUACCCUAGAGCAUGCAUGGAGUUUACCCUUAACUCAGUUAUGCGAUGUUGGUCCUCAAUGA